CGGAAAACAUGACAACCAUAAUGCAUUAGUGUAUUUUAAAUAAUUUACUAUAACUGUGAGUUAAAUAAGUGACAUUAAGUUAAUAGUGGUCAAUUAAUCUACCAAUAUGGGCGACGAAGGAAAAAAGAGACAGAAAGUCGCUUGGAGCGAUGACAUGAGCCAUGACUCUGAGGCCGAAAGAGAAAAGGAACGGCAAAUACUACUGGAGAAAGAACUAGCUGCCAAACUUAUAGAAAAACCGAAAUAUGAACCGGAAAAAUUACAACAGAUUAUAGAAUUAAUCAUGAAGAUGACAACUUUAUACGAUUUGAGAGAUUCCGACUGGACUGAUGACGUCAAGCAAGGCAUAGAAGAUUGGAUACUAGAAACAAAAGCUCUUAUGCUUUGCAUUUACUUUAGUGGAACUAAACUAAAGGCUACCAGUGAUAUGCCCUUUGCUCCAGUUUACGAUUUGACGUAUUUUCUCAGAAAGCCUGAUUUAAUUUUCCAGCCUGAAACGUUUCACGAAGAAAUAGUGUUUGGGUCAUUCGUGGACUCUGUAGAGUCUAAUCUAAUACAGAUUCUGGAAACGAUGUAUGCACCGCAUUUUUUCGCUAUUACCACGUGGCCCGAAAGCGUAAAAAGCGAGUUCUGCUCUCAGAUCCACACAUUCCUAGCCAAACUAACAGACAUGUACUUCAAGAUGCUCGGUCUGACCGUGCUGUACAUCCCUCGUGAGGGCCAACACCUGACCUUCGAGAAGGCCAGCACGGACCGGGAGCUGGUGAAGCGGCUGGAAGGCGUCGUGGUGUACUGGACGCAUCAGAUCAAGUCGUGCUUAGAGGACACGGCAUCAGUGGCUUCGCAAAAGGAGUUGUUGUGUCCCAGCGAUGAAUAUGACUUCUGGAUUUAUAGACAUGAAAACCUAAGCGCUCUUCUCUACCAGAUAAAAAAUCCAGCCGUCAGACAUAUAACUAAAAUCUUAGUUACAACACACUCUACCUUUAUCCACCAGUUCCAAGCACUUUGCGCCGAUAUCUUACAGAAAAUCAAAGAAGCUAAGUCGAACAUAGAAUACCUUCAGGUCAUCAAGCAGCCUUGCGCUGUGUUAGAGUGUGUAGUCGACCCAGAUGAAAUCUCGACACAUGUACCGCAUAUCAUAAACUUAUUCAGAUUUAUAUGGAUGGAAUCCCCAUAUUAUAGUUCAGAAACUAGAAUCACUAAUCUAUUCAAGGCUUUAAGCAACCAGAUCAUAAUUCUCUGCAGAAAUUACAUUAAUCUCAACGAUUUAUUUGACGGCGAGACAAAAAAGGCUUUGGGAGAAUUUAGUAAAUGCAUAGACUGUUGCAAGAAGUACAGAGAAAUAUACGACAUCAUGGCAGAAGCUCACAGUGAAAAAGUACCGAACUCAUGGAAUUUGGAUACUGGAUACAUCUUCAAUUAUAUAGACUCAUUUGUACAAAGGUGCUUUGAUAUGAUCGAUGUAUGUAAUUGCAUGAUUAUCUUUGGAAGAAUUGAUGAGUUGGAAGCGGUCCCGAAGCCUAUAUUCGGCGGCGCACGCGGCGAGCAGUUUGAACAAAAAUGCGCCCAGAUAGAGCAGAUGUUCCUUGACACGCUGCAAAAUGUGCGGGCAGUGUCAGCGACGAUCCUCGACGUGCAGGCUCCGUCGUGGUAUGACGAGAUACUGCAGUUCCGCACAGUCGUGAAAGACAUCGAGAUAAUAAUCGAGAACCUGGUAGAGACUGUGUUUGAGGGCGUCAACCAACUAGAAGAAGCGGUAGUGGCGCUCUUUUCUCUCAACAAUUACUCACGGAGAAAAAGCCUUAGACGAAUCUUCAAAAGAAAAACUGCGGAGGUGUGGAGCAUGUUCAGCGACGAAGUCCACGAAGCGAAGAAGGACAUGGUGGCGACGCGGAGCCAGCACCCUUCGGAGCUGCCGUCGUUCGCUGGCCGCGCCGCCGUGCUGCGGAUGCGGAAGAACCGCCUGGUCUACUUGAAGAAGGUGAUGACAGACGCGGCGUGGAUGAUGCCCUGCAGCAGCUCUGAAGACGUGAUUAUACACGUGAACAGGCUCAUGGGCGCCAUUGAUGUGGCCAUCAGAGAACUCUGGAUUUCCUGGACGCAUAAUUUGGAUGAGAAAUGUGCAAACGGCUUGAACAGAACAUUGAUGAGAAAAAGUGCCGAAAAUCCUGGUUUAAUGGAAUGUAACAUUGAUGUCAAUAUUUUAGAACUGUGCAAAGAAGCUUCACAUUGGGAGAAUUUGGGAAUGGAUAUACCUCAACAUGCUUAUGUUGUGUACGCAAAAAGUAAAUCUAUACUGUUUGUUUACGAGAGUGUGUUGUCUGUGACGAAGGGAUAUAACAAGAUCCUAGAUUCGCUCUCAUCUGACGAGCGACUGCUCUUCAAACCUUUAACGGUGGCAUGCGAGAAGAAAAUACAACCAGGAAUAUCCAAAUUGACUUGGACAUCAACCAUGUCAGACGCAUAUAUAGCAGAUUGUGUGGUUCAAAUUGGCGAAUUACGUGACUUUGUUAAUACAUACAAAAAUAGCAAUCUGAACAUAAUUAAAAUAAUGGAAAAAAUAUGUGACACUCCUUUAAUUGAGUUUGACAUUUAUAAUGUUUUCGAGAUAAAAGAUUUACGUCAUGAUAUCACAGACAUGGAAACUAAAGGAACUGAAAAAAAUCUGGAAAUGUAUAAAGAAAUUAUAAUAUAUUUAGUUAUAGUAUAUGAGGGAUUUGAAGCACAUAUCACUCAGAUGGCAGAACAUUGGAUUAAUUACGUCAGGAGGUUCGACCGUACAUUGGAAGACGCUUUACGAUUGUCAAUAAAAGCUACAAUGCAAAAUAUGUACAAAUGUGUUCACGGAGAUGGUACUAUGGCACCUUCUCCACUGAUUAAAAUGAAUCUAUACUUAACUGGUAAAAAUGUGACAUAUUUGCCAACAAGACACGAGGUUCAAUAUACAUUUAAUAAUAUUCUUGAAGGCAUCGUUAGCAUAAUGGACAGCAUCCCAAGGCUAUACGAAAAAUUUUCUUUACCAGCUAUGGGUUUAAAAAGAUUUUGUGAUGUCAUUAAAGUCGAUAAUGACUCUAAUAAACUACAAACAUUGAUAGACGAAGAAGUUCAAUUUAACAUAGGUCUAAUACAUGAACACAUGCGCAUGUGGGAACCAUACUCUUCUAUUUGGAAAGUAGACAAGGAUGAAUUUUUACUCAAAUACAGAGAAGAAAAUCAUACAGCAACUGAAUUUGAGGCACUCAUAAACAAUUACGGUGAUUUAGCGCAUCACGUACAAGUUCAAGAGACUGUUAAUCAGGUUCAUUUUAUAACUCUAAACUCGAGCAAUCUGAAGAAGUCCAUAAUAGAGCAUUGCAUGCGCUGGCAGCUCGUUUUGGGAGAUUUGUUGCGAAAAAUAACAGUGUGUGAUAUAGACGAAGUAUAUGCGUAUGUUGAAAAGUGUAGUGAAGAAGCUAUGCAGAUGCCUGCUGAUUUAAAAGAACUUGCGAGGUCCAUAGCAACUUAUGAACGUUUAAUGGGUGAUUUAUCCCGUAUGGAGAAAACUUUUCCACCGAUCACAGACAAGGUUCACACUUUAGCUAAGUUUGAAGUGGAGUUGAGUUCAGAUAUGGUUACUCGGCAUGAAGAAAUCCCCAUGAUUUGGGCAAAUUAUUUAGCUUUGCUUGAAGAGGCUAAAAAACAACUUGAAAUGAAUAAGGAUAAGUUUAAGGCUGAAUUAUUAGAACAAGCUGAGGAAUUUAAAGAAGCAGCCAAAGAAUUUUGUGACAACUUUUACCAAGCAGCACCCAUUAGUUCAGAUAUAACUGGUAAAGAUGCAUUGUCUCAGCUAAAGGCAUUUAGAGAUCAGUUAAAUGCACUUAGAGCACAGGAGCAAGAAAUUCGAGAUGGUCUUGCCGUAUUUAAUUUAACAACUCCAGUGAACUUGGAUCUGCAGAGAAUGGAAAAAGAACUAGAAAAGCUUGAGGAAGUUUGGGGUCUAGUUUUUCAGUGGGAAGAAUCUUGGGAGAAAUAUAAAACGCAGACUUUCUGGGAAAUGGAAACAGAUGAAAUGGAAGACAAUGUUAUGUUUUUAUUCAGGAAUUUCAACCGUCUCUCUCGACAACUGAAGGACAAGGGAUGGGACAUAAUAGAUACAACAAGAGUAAAAGUAGAUGCCUUUAGACGCACCUUGCCUCUUAUUGGGGACUUGAAGAACCCGUGCAUGAGAGAACGGCAUUGGGAUAGAAUUAGGACUUUGAUGGCAGUUGAAUUCGACCAGAACUCGGAAGAUUUUAAGCUGGAUUUAAUAAUGAAACUGAAUUUUCAAGCAUAUGCUGACGAAAUCGCAGAGAUUUCUAAAGCGGCAACAAUGGAAUUAAACAUUGAAAAUGGAUUAAAAGCGAUUCGAGAAAUUUGGAAAAAUACGACCUAUGAGAUGGCGCACCAUCGUGAUGAAAUAUAUAGGAUCAAAAAUGUUGAAGAUGUUAUGCAGUUCUUGGAAGAUCAUCAAGUCCAGUUGUCUUCGAUGAAGUCGACCAAAUAUGUGGAACCAUUUAUAAAAGAAGUGGAUUAUUGGGAAAAAUCUUUAGGUUAUGUAGCAGAGUGUAUUGAGAUAUCUUUACAAGUUCAACGGCGUUAUCUCUACCUCGAAACUAUAUUUGCUGGCGAAGAUAUAAGAAAACAACUUCCAAAAGAAGUAGUUAUUUUUGAUAACCUUACCGCUGAUUGGACAGAUAUUACUAAAAAUAUGUACGCUGGGAAAAACGCAGUAGAAGCAUGCCUAUUUAAGCCUGCACCAUAUGUUUACAACAAGCUAAACGGAAUGAUAGAAAACUUAGAUGGAAUAUUACGGUCCCUUGAAAAGUAUUUGGAAACCAAACGACAAAUAUUUCCAAGAUUCUAUUUUAUAUCGAACGAUGAUUUAUUAGAAAUUCUCGGAAAUUCGAAAAAACCGCAGUUGAUUCAAGUUCAUCUUAAAAAACUUUUUGACAAUGUUGUUAAGAUAAGAAUUGAUAAGAAUGCCCUAGGGCUGCCUGUGGCGAAAGCCAUGAUGUCGGAGGACGGAGAAUGCAUUGAGUGGAGGUACAACCUGGUGUUGGACGGGCCUGCAGAGGUGUGGCUGUUGGGGCUCGAGACUACUAUGAGAACCGUGCUGAGAGACAAUUUAAUUUUAACCCGCCUGGCGCUACGUAAAUGUAAAUACCAGCGAGAACAGUGGAUCAAUGAUUUUCCCGGGCAACUCGGGAUCACUUGCAGUAAGAUUAUGUGGACCUCAGACUGCACACGCACCCUCGCGCGAUGCGAACUCAUGAAGGAAAAAAAGCCCAUGAAGAAACUACGUAAAAAACAAAAUGUUAUACUCGCCACACUCCAGGGCAUGUCCCGAAAAGAGAUUCCGAAAAUAUUGAGAGCAAAGGUCAAUGCGCUGUGCGUUAUUGAGAUACACUCCAGGGAUAUGGUUGACAAGAUGUAUAAAACGGGAUGCAUGACGGUAUCAGCGUUUGAAUGGUUUUCCCAGCUGAAGUUCUAUUGGGACCGCGAGCGCGAAGAUUGCUAUAUCCGCCAGACGAACACAUGUUCUAUAUACACCUAUGAGUACAUUGGAAACUCUGGACGGCUUGUGAUUACGCCUUUAACUGACAGAUGCUACAUAACCCUCACUACAGCACUAAACCUUUUCCGAGGCGGCAGCCCUCAGGGCCCUGCCGGGACGGGCAAGACGGAAACCACUAAAGAUUUAGGACGUGCUUUGGCGCGAUGGGUCGUUGUCACCAAUUGUUCUGAUGGGCUGGACUACAAAUCUAUGGCCAAGUGCUAUUCAGGAAUAGCCCAAAGCGGCUGCUGGGGUUGCUUCGACGAGUUCAACCGCAUCAACAUCGAGGUGCUGUCUGUGGUGGCGCAGCAGAUCCUGGCGGUGUUGCUGGCGCUGUCACUGCAGCAGCGGCGGUUCUACUUCGAGGGCGCCGACAUCAAGCUGGAUCCCAACUGUGGGAUCUUUAUAACUAUGAACCCUGGCUAUGCCGGCCGAACAGAGCUCCCCGACAACCUGAAGUCCAUGUUCCGCCCCAUCGCCAUGUGUGUGCCCGACUGCCUUAUCAUAGCGGAGAUCACACUUUUCUCAGACGGCUUCACCGCGUACAAAGUAAAUGCUAAAAAAGUAUUCACGCUGUACCAGAUGUGCAUGCUGCAGCUCUCGAAGCAGAACCACUACGACUUUGGACUGCGGUCCAUGAUCGCGAUGCUGCGGUACGCCGGGGAAGUGAGACGCGCUCAUCCGAAUUUGCCAGAGGCAGAGAUGGUAAUCCUGGCGAUGCGCGACAUGAACGUGGCCCGGCUGACGGCCAAGGAUGUACCUCUCUUCGACGGCAUCAUGCAGGACAUCUUCCCGGACGUGGUGGUGCCCACGCUGGACUACGAGAUGUUGGAGGCGGCCAUCUCCGCGGAGAUGCGGCUUGUGAAUCUCCAGCCAACUAAGGCUGCCUUACAUAAGGUCAUACAGACGUUCGAAACUAAGAAUUCCCGACAUUCUAGCAUCCUCCUUGGCGACACAAACACCGCCAAGUCAGUGUCGUGGAAGAUCCUCGCAGCUACUAUCUCGCGGUGCAAGCGAGACCGCGUGCCGGGCUUCGAGAAUGUCCAAGUGCAACCCAUGAACCCAAAGGCUCUGACGCUCGGUGAGCUGUACGGCGAGUACAACCUAGCUACGGGCGAGUGGAAGGACGGCGUGCUGAGUAGCAUUAUGCGCACCGUUUGCCAAGACGAAUCCCCCGACCUGAAGUGGAUCAUAUUCGAUGGGCCCGUGGAUGCCAUCUGGAUCGAGAACCUCAAUUCCGUAAUGGACGACAAUAAGCUACUCACGCUUGUUAACAGCGAACGAAUCUCUAUGCCUGCUCAAGUGUCCAUUUUAAUCGAAACUUUGGACCUUGCGGUGGCGUCGCCAGCCACAGUGUCGCGCAACGGAAUGGUCUACAAUGAUUACAAGGAUUGGGGCUGGUGGCCCUUCGUAAACUCCUGGCUCGACACCGUCAGCGAUCCCGAGUACAAGGAGUUUCUUCGGCAACAUUUCCUGAACAUCCUGACGCCGGUGCUUGAGCUGAAGCGGGUGCAUCUGGUGGAGGGGCAGAGCGUGCGCGGGCAGGAGCUGACGGGCGUGCGAUCCAUGUGCCGCCUGUUGGGGCUGCUGCCGCCGCCCGUUCAGCCGCAGGGCGACGAGGAGGGCAACGAGGGCUUCUCCAAGAUGCGGUUUCUUUUUGCAAUGAUCUGGUCCAUCUGCGCCACGUUAGAAGACGAGCCUCGCCGCAAGCUGGACAAUUGGGUGCGCGAACACGAAGGCGUGUUCCCGCUGAAAGAUACCGUCUACGAUUAUUACGUGGACGAGCGAUUGCGUCAGUUCAAGCCGUGGGAAGACCGGCUGCCGGACAACUGGAGAUAUAACCCUGCCGCUGGUUUCCACAAUAUACUGGUGCCGACGGUGGAGUUUAUACGCGUGCAGCUGGUGGCUCUAGACAUGCUGAAGGCCGGGUACGGGGUGCUCGUGGGCGGACCUACGGGCACCGGCAAGACUUUCCUCAUCCAGGGGACCUUGGCCAGUUUGGAUCCUGCUAUAUAUAGCCAGCAAGUCAUAAACAUGUCUGCUCAGACCACAGCUGCUAAUGUGCAGGACAUCAUCGAGGCGAGGCUUGAGAAGCGAACCAAAGGGAACUAUGUGCCUGCUGGAGGCAAGAAAAUGAUCGCAUUCAUGGACGACAUCAACAUGCCGGUGCGUGACGCGUACGGCUCGCAGCCGCCGCUUGAGCUGGUCCGGCUGUGGCACGACUAUGGUUAUUGGUUUGAUCGGGAAAAACAGUGGAGGAAGAAUGUCAGAGGAAUGGUGCUGUGCGGCGCUGCGGGUCCUCCGGGUGGAGCGCGCUCGCACCUCCCCCCGCGGCUGUUGUCCUGUUUCCACGCGUUCUACCUCACCGCUCCCACGCAGCAGCAGCUUAUUAAGAUAUUCGGCACCAUGUUGUCGCAGCAUAUGCAGGAGUUUGACGAGGAGACGAAAGCUGUCGGUAAAGUAGUACUAGUUGGGACAAUAGACGUGUUUAACAAUGUUGUGGCGAAGUUACUGCCGACUCCGAGUAAGAUGCAUUAUCUCUUCAAUUUGCGAGACAUCUCCAAAAUAUUUCAGGGUCUGUUACGAAGCAAUAAAGAUUAUCAGAACACAAAAAGAAGUUUCCUGCGACUGUGGAUAUGCGAAUGCUUUAGAGUUUUUGGAGACCGCCUUACAGAAGAAAGGGAUCGCGACUGGUUCAUGGCGCACAUGGGUGACCAGCUAGGCAAACACUUUGAGCUGACCUUCCACGCCGUGUGCCCCACCAAGACCGCACCCAUCUUCGGCCACUUCCUCAACCCAUUCGAGGUGUAUGACGAUCUGGCUGAUCCCGAAGCUUUGAGAAAGUACAUAGCAAACCAGAUGGAGGAAUACAACAGCUGUCCAGGCGUGGUGAAGAUGGAUCUGGUGCUGUUUAAAGACGCCAUAGAGCAUAUUGUGAGGAUCGUCCGGGUCAUCUCGCAGCCCAGAGGGAAUAUGUUGUGUGUCGGGAUUGGUGGGUCGGGGCGUCAGAGCUUGACACGCGUAGCGUCUUACAUCUGCGAGUGCAACUCCUUCCAGGUGGUGGUCACUAAGACAUACGGUGUCAAGGACUUUAAGGAGGACCUAAAGACGCUUUAUACUGCAACGGGUGUGGACGCGAAGAAGACCACCUUCAUAUUUUCGGACACGCAGAUUGCGGAUGAAACCUUCACUGAAAUAGUUAACAACCUGCUUAGCAGCGGGGAAGUCACUAACUUAUUCAAGCCGGAUGAGUUCGAAGACAUAAAACAAGCAUUAGAGAAGCCAAUGAAGAACGCCAAUAUAAUGCAGACGAAUGAGGGAGUUUACCUGUUUCUGGUGGAACGAGUGCGCGCCAACAUGCGAAUCGUUCUGUGCUUCAGUCCCAUAGGAGAAGAAUUCAGAAAUCGCAUCCGCCAGUAUCCGGCGCUCAUUAAUGCUACCACGACCAACUGGUUCCUGGAGUGGCCGCGCGAAGCACUUCUCGAGGUCGCUUAUAAAUUUUUGGAAGGAGUGGAGUUGCUUGCUUCCAUCACUGGACCCAGGAUCCGCCGGAAGGAAUCAUUAGUGGAGAGCCGCGAAGAUGGUCUUCGAGCUAGUGUAGCGUCCAUCAUGUCACUGAUCCACUCCUCCGUGGGCCGCUACUCGAUCAAGAUGUAUAAUGAGACACGGCGCACCAACUACGUGACUCCAACUAAUUAUUUGGAGCUCGUGGCGGGAUACAAGGAAAUGCUAAAGAUGAAACGCCAUGAGAUUGCCUUACAAGCGAACAAGCUAAGAAACGGUUUAGGAAAAGUCGAAGAAACUACGAAACUUGUUGGACUGAUGUCAGAAGAACUUGCUGUGGCUAAGGUGCAAGUCGCGGAAUAUACAGAGCAAUGUAUAGAAUACAUGGGGGUGAUCAACGUGCAGCAACGCAACGCAGACGAGCAACAGCGUAGCGUGGCUGCUCGCAGCAAGAAAACACAAGAAGAGGAGGUCCAAUGCAAGAAGCUCGCAGAGGCGGCCAUGAGAGAUCUGGCUAGCGCUAUGCCCGCUCUGGAGGAAGCCGUCAAGGCCUUGGAUGCUCUAAAUAAGAAAGACAUCACAGAAGUAAAGUCUUACGCAAAACCGCCACAGAAAGUCGAAAUGGUUUUGGAGGCUGUGCUUAUACUGCUGCAGAAAGAGCCAACCUGGGCCGAAGCAAAGCGGCAACUGGGUGACCAAUAUUUCCUGGACCGACUCCGAGAGUUUGACAAAGACAACAUCUCAGAUAAGACCCUAAAGAAGAUAGGUACCUACACAAUCAAGCCAGACUUCGAUCCAGAGAUCGUGGGCACGGUGUCAGCUGCUGCCAAGUCGCUGUGUUUGUGGGUGAGGGCGAUUGAGAAGUAUGGAAAAGUAUACAAAAUUGUAAAACCAAAGAAGGAACGUCUAGAGGAGGCUCUGGAGUCCUUGCGCAUGAAACAGCAGAUUCUCGCUGAGGCUCGCGCUAAGCUGCGAGAACUGAGCGAGAUGCUGGCGCGACUCCAGGCGGAGUACGACGAGAAGUUGAAGCAGAAAGAAGAACUUGAGGAGAAGUCAAGGCAGCUGCUCCUCAAGCUGGAGAGGGCUGAGGCACUUAUUACUGGCUUGUCGGGCGAGAAAGAGCGCUGGGAGCUAACAGUGGAACGUUUGGACAAGGAGUUUGAUAAUUUGCCCGGAGACUGUCUCAUAGCUACAGGAUUCGUGGCUUACCUGGGACCCUUCGUGUCCGAAUACCGCGAGGCUCUUAUGAGCGACUGGUUUAUGGAGGUGUACAACGAACAGUUACCGGUGACAAUGGAUAUGACAAUGAAAUACUUCUUGUUGGACGAUGCCACACUAAGGGAAUGGAACACCAUGGGACUGCCAGAGGACAACUUCAGUGCAGAAAACGGCAUCAUAGUAGUGCGUGCCACAAGAUGGCCACUGGCAGUUGAUCCACAGGGGCAAGCACUCAUAUGGAUCUCUAGGCUUGAAGAAAAAAAUGAUAUACAGAUCGUGGAUUUUGGCCAACCAAAUUACUUGAAAAUAAUGGAGACUUGCCUAACCGAAGGCACACCAGUCAUAGUACAGGGUGUAGGCGAAAUAUUAGACCCGUCUAUAGCACCCAUUUUGGACAAGGCCAUCAUUAAGAUCGGCAACUCUAUGGUCAUCAAGUUCAAUGAGAAAAUGGUGUCCUACCAUGAUAAGUUCAAAUUGUACUUGACUACUAAAUUGGGUAACCCGACUUAUACCCCUGAAACCCUCACGAAGACGACGAUGGUGAACUUUGCCGUAAAAGAGCAAGGGUUGACGUCACAGCUGUUAAGUAUUGUGGUGCGGAAGGAGCGCCCGCAGCUCGAGAUUAUGAAGGACAAUCUUGUCACCACCAUCGCCAAUAACAAGAAGAUCCUUGUGGACCUGGAGAACGACCUUCUUCGCAUCAUGUACGAGUCCCAAGUACCCCUCCUGGAGAACGAAGAACUGUUUGUGACGCUGCAAACCUCGCAGCGGACCUCAUUGGAGGUGAAGGAGGCGCUUAUUACUUCGCAGGUCACUGAGAAGGAAAUCGACACUGCCAGACAGGGUUACGUGCCAGUGGCAGUACGUGCGUCCGUGCUGUUCUUCGCUCUAAACGACUUAUCCCGCAUCGACCCUAUGUACCAGUUCUCCUUGGACGCCUACAUCGACCUUUUCAACUACUCCAUCGACCGCAGCGCCAAAAACUCAGAGCUGGAGGAACGAAUCAACAACCUUAAUGAGUUCCACACCUAUUCUGUGUAUAAGAAUACGUGUCGAGCCCUCUUUGAGCGACACAAGCUGCUGCUCUCUUUCCACAUCGUUUCGCGCAUCCUGUUCCAAUCGGGCAAGAUGAAUUACAACGAGUACCUGUUUCUGCUGAAAGGUGGCGUCGUGCUGGACCGCUCCGAGCAACCAGACAAUCCAACUAAUUGGCUACCUGAUGAUUGCUGGGACAACUUAACCGAGAUGGAUAAGCUACCAGGCUUCCACGGCGUCAUCGAGUCCUUCGAGGUAUUCACCAAGGAGUGGAAGGAGUGGUACUUACACCCUGAGCCCGAAACUCAGCCGCUUUUAGGUGACUGGAACGACUCAAUGAACGACUUCCAACGCAUUCUCUGGAUUCGUUCAUUACGGGUGGACCGCGUGUCUGCUUGCAUUACUACUUUCAUCGUCAAUGUGCUGGGACCGCGCUAUGUAGAACCACCUGUUCUGGAUAUUAAGCAAUCCUGGGAGGAGUCAUCGUUUAAGACGUCGUUGCUCUUCGUGUUGUCUCCAGGCGUAGACCCCACGGCCGCACUGAUCCAGCUCGCCACGGAGAUGAAAAUGUUUGACAAGUUCCAGUCGCUCAGUUUGGGACAGGGCCAGGCACCAACUGCCGCCAGGAUGCUAGCUAGCGGCAUGAGGGAAGGCGGCUGGGUUUUUCUCGCUAAUUGUCACUUGGCGUGUGAGUGGCUCGGGUCGCUGCGUGGCCUAGACAACCCCAAGAUUCAUCCGAGAUUCCGCCUGUGGCUCUCUUCUAUGCCAGACGACAAGUUUCCGCUGCACGUGCUGCAGAGAAGCAUUAAGAUGACGACUGAACCGCCACAGGGUCUAAAAGGCAAUAUGGUCCGCUUGUUCUCAAACAUGAACGAGGACAAGUUCGACGAGGCCACGCCCAAGUACCGGAGACUGCUGUUCUGCGUGUCGUUCUUCCACUGUUCGCUUAUCGCCAGAAAGCGCUUCCGACAGCUCGGCUAUAACGCUGUUUACAGCUUUAAUGACGCGGACUUUGAUGUUUCCGAUAACCUGCUGGCCAACUAUCUGGAACAAUACGAAGAAGUCCCGUGGGAUGCUUUGCGAUAUCUGUUCGCGAUCAUCAACUAUGGAGGCCACAUCACUGACGACUGGGACAAACGCGUGCUUAUUGCUUAUAUCAACCAGUUCUUCUGCGAGGAGGCUCAUGAUGUACCUUUCUAUAGACUAGCGACCAUCCCCGCGUACCACAUACCCCGCGACGGCAGCCUGGAGUCGUACCGCGACUUCCUGGACUUGUGGCCGGGCUACGAGCGCGCAGAGUCUGUCGGCCAGCACGCCUCCGCCGACGUAGCCACGCUCGCUCAGGACGCCCUUAUAUUGUGCUCGACGUUGUUUUCUCUCGCUUCCACUGGCGGAGGAGGCGCAGGUGGUGGCGAAGAUCAGAAGGUUGACGAAUUGGCUCUGGAGAUGAUGACAAAGCUGCCACACAAAAUUGACGUGGAAACCACCGAGCGCAUGAUGGGUCCCGAAAUCGUGAUGCCAAUGUGCGUCUCUCUGCUGCAGGAGAUCGGCUACUUUAACGUUCUCAUCAACACCAUUGUGUCAGGACUUAAGGAACUGAGGCGCGCAAUUGAGGGACUGGUGGUCAUGUCAGAGAUGCUAGAGAUCAUGUAUAACUGCAUUUUCGAGGGUAAAGUGCCCACGUUCUGGCAGAAAGCUCGACCCUCCAUGAAGCCGCUAGGAUCGUGGUGCCGCGAGUUAUUCCUGCGCGGGGCGCACCUUACCGCGUGGGCCAACGCGCCUCGUGCCCCGCCCACACUGUGCUGGCUGCCGGCUCUGGUAGCCCCCACCGGCUUCCUCACCGCUGUAAUGCAGACAACUGCGCGCGGAGAAGGUUGGCCUAUAGAUACGCUGUGCUGGGAGUUCACGGUGAUGCCUAUGGAUGAGUCCUCAUUCGUGCGUCCGCCGCGGGAUGGCGGUGUCUACGUCAGAGGGCAGUACUUGGAAGGCGCGUCAUGGUUCCGCAAGGAUGGGUAUCUGCAGGAGCCGCUUCCUAUGCAGCUGGUGUUCCCCAUGACUCCCAUCCACUUCAAGCCGAUCCGCGCCACAGGCCGCAAGCUCCGAAAUCGAUACAUCUGCCCGUGCUACUACUACCCGAAGCGUAUGGGCGCUUUCGUGGUGGCUGUGGACAUGCCCUCCGGCAAGGAGAUUCCGGACUUUUGGGUGAAGCGCGGCACCGCGUUGCUCUGUACGCUUGCCACUUAGCAAUACAAGUGCGAUGUUUUAAUA